AUGACCUCCGACCAAUUUCUCGCAACUGUCUGCCAAGCCGACCACCGCAUCCAUGGCACCCAGCAGACGAGGUCCUUUAAGCUCCUCGUCCACGCCGACCGCUUGCCGAGUGGUCAGCUGGACUAUGACGGCUCUGUUGCUUUCGCCCACAGGGCAGCCGACCACAAGUACACACUGGUAAUGUAUGGUGACGGCUCCGGCAAUUACCAGGACCCACGUUCUCCCCAGUGGACUGGCGUGGCGGCGGCCUGGAAGCGCAAGGACGAGCCGCUGUACCACGUCGUUGGCCGCACGAUCAAGCGGCGGAUGGUGACAGAUGAAAUGGAGCUGCAGGCAGUGAACGAGUGCAUGGACACUGCGUUCCUAGAGCGAUGGGAUGUGGAGCAGCAGGUGAUUGUCAUGACAGACAACAUCUACGCGCUGCAGGCGAUCAAAGACUGGAUCCCUGGACAAGGUGGCCGCAACGAGAGCGCCUUGCGGCGUCUUAAGCACUACGACGACCUGUUUGCAGAGCAGGGCGUGCCUGUGGCCGUCCGGUACUUGAAGGGUCGGCGCUAUGUCGAGGGCCAUGACACUGCUGAUGUAUGGGCCCGUCAACUUGCCACCACCAUGCAUCACGUCAGGUUCUCUCCAGUCCCAGAGUACCAAGAUCAGGAGCGGCUGGUCUACAAGAAGAUCUGGCUUUGGAUGCUUACCGUGAACGAGAGUAGAGAGAAUAACAACAGCGACAUGGACUAUGAUGGCUUUUCAGAUAUCAACAGCAGCUAUGACAACCCACAGCGGUCACAGCUCGCCGCUGCAGCUAUGACGGCCAUUAUGGCUACAGCUGCUACAAGCUACAGUCUGCGACGAGAGCGAGGCUAUGACGUCCGCCCGGAUACAGUUUGCGGCUGA